CAGGUCAUGAAGUUGCCUGCAUUCAUUCAGGUCUCUCCAGCACUCAAACUGGGAGCUUGGUAAUGAUGGAAGGAGUCAUUUGAUUACAAUGUGUUUGUGACAAUCAAUAUGAACUUUAAGGGCCACUUGCUAUAAUUCUCAUACAAUGAACAUCAAUUAGUGGGAGACAUUUCUCGCUGAAAAUUCAACACAAUGUUUCCUCAUGGCCUGGCUUAUCUCUUAUGGUUUGUCUUAUUACAAGAUGUUUUUGGUUUUUGUGGACGACCGGCUUGGACAACAACUGUCUGGGAAGUGACACCACAGGAUCUGGAGCAACUGAAGACUGAAGAGCAAUGUAACUGCCUUCAUAACUCAGUGUGUCAAAUAUGCCACUACUUUGCUGGCCUGAAACUAUCCAAAGGGGGCCUAGAAAUUUUAUAUGCUUGUUGCAAAGUGGCACUCUUUAUGGUUGCAGGUUUAACUAUACACUACCUGUUACCAAAAGUGAAAUGGACAAAAGACACAAAGUCCUGUCAGGUCCCAACACCUGCAGUUUCGAUUGCUUCAGAUGCACAAUACACACAGAAGAUGCUAUACAGGUUGGUGGCGAACACAUCCAAAAUGAUGAAGUAUGUGAAGCAUGUUGCCCACCGUCACAAAAAAGAGCUCAGAUACAAAAAAAAGAUGUUAGAAUUAAGCAAGAAAAAAGCUGAUGAAAUUGAUGAGGAUGAACAGCUCUUUGCAAUUUGUUCUCAAAACGAAAGCUCCACUGAAGAUACCGUAUGCAUGAAAAUGAAAAUGAAACAAAAACUUGUUCCUUGCGAUAUCUAGCUCUUCCUUUCAACAUAAAUGACAAAAGCCUGAAAUGGUCACUCACCAUGCCUCAUACGGAUUCUUUGAAGCAUCUUAUGAAGGUGAGAUGCACAAAAGAAGGGCCAUUAAACUUUGUUUAAGUCUAGCCAAAGUGAUUUGCGUUUAGAAUGCAAAGAAUUAAAGACUAUAUUUGUUGGACAAACCUGUGAUUCUUCCAUAUGACCCAGCUGUUAAGCCCCUUCACUUAUACAAGAUUACUAAAAAAGAAAACAGUUUUUAAGUGGAAGACUCUCUUCUCCCAUGUAUUUUUUUAAAUUUUUAAUUAGAUCUCUUUUUAUAUUUUAGCAUAAUAUUUAAUUGUGUGAUUUUUAUAGUCUUGUUUUAACUUUUCCUAUGUGAACCGCCUCGUGAUUGUUUUAAUGAAAGGCGGUAUAUAAAUUUAACAAUAAAUAAAUAAAUAUCAAGUGCUGUUUUAGCAA